GAGUAAAUAUACCAGGAAAAAAAAUGGUAUUUACAAUUUUAUAUAGAGUGGUAAUGCUUGGUUCACCAUGUUUUACAGCAUGUUCCAUUGGUUUUAAUGUUUUCUUUAAACAGGCAUGCAGGUAAAUAAUUCACUGUGCAACAGGAGUGUUUGCAGAAGUUCUUCUGUACAUUUCCUCCAACCCUUCCACCCUAACGUGGCUGUGUUAUCAGUGUGUUUGAAUGUGUAUUUAUUCAUUAACAGUGUUAUUUUUCACCUCAACUGCUUGUAAGGGGCAGCUGCCAAAAUAAAUCAAAGGCAAUUGCAGAUGUUGGGAGUCUACUGCUGGCAUGUGGCUAUCAAUUUUUAAAUUUGGAUUUGCUAUAAAUUUUACUUAUUAGCAUGACAGGUCUGUGGCUGAAUUGUAAAAGUUGUCCAGUGCACUCAUGUUGCAUAUAAUAUGUCUAUAAAUAACAGAAAGAACUUGCUGUAAAACUCAGAAUGACAAUAGACCACAUUCUUUACAGGAAACACUUUCAUUACUGAUUACGGAGGCAAUUGAUAAGACAUUUUUGAAAAAAGUGUGCACUAAUAAAAGGGAAAAAUUAACAUGUAAUGUCAAAAGGGUUAGUAAUUCUACCAAGCUAGAUACUACGUUAGAGAUCGAAAAACUAAAUGACAUUACUCAGGAGAUGUACCUCUGAUCAGAACCUCAACAGAUGGACAACUGUUACUAUACAGCCAAUCAUAGUAGACUGUUGCAUAAUAACAACGUAUUAAAUCCCAAGUAAAGAAGUUCAACAUGGGAAUUCUCAGUUUAAUUUGAUAGACCAUACCAAAUUUAAUCAUUUCUGAAGCUGCAUAAAUGAUGCAGAAACAAAAUGUUUUUAAUUGCAGUCUAAUUUUUGAUCAAUGAAUGCUCAUUUAUCAAUCUUUCAGAAGCCUUCACUUUCUAUAAAACUAACCAAUCGUUUAUCCAGCAGUUUACUUUGGAACAUUAGUGCAGAGUGUGGUGUAAUUUAAUUUAUUAACUUGUGCAUAUCAUACUUCCAAGGGAUAUUUAACUAGCCACAUCUAAUUUGAAUAAACUUUCUGUUUGCAUGGAUGUGUGUAGUUCCUUAAAUUCUAUUUAUGGUAUUUUGUUUGUAUCUUUUUGUUUUGAUGAUAGGGGAUGGCCUUUCUGCCUCCCGCCUUUCUCUCCGUGCUGGUCUGUCUGCCUCAAGUCUCUCAUUGAAAGGAGCUUCUCUUUUUUCCGUUCCAUUUGGCUCCUUGGUGCCUGGUUCCAAGAGUGGAUCUGUAGCAGGUUCAAGGUGCACCACUCCGGUUCCCACCCCUCAAAAUACACCACCCUGCAGUCCAAAACCUGAGCAUCGCUUUCGGGGUCAGAGCCAGUUGCUGGUGUCUUGUGCCGGUGAGGAUAUUCCUGAUGUGGUAGUCCAUCCCCCUGAAGAAGAAUUUGAGGUACAGGAAGGACAGGUGAAAACACAUGAAGAAUGUGGUGAACAUAAAACAGGAAUUCUAGCAUCUCCUCAAUCUGCACCAGGUAUUCUGGAGACCAAGUGCGUUGAAAACAAAUCAUCUUAUAGUAAUGCAAGUAGAGAAAACAGCACAGUGGAUUUCAGCAAGGUGGACAUGAACUUCAUGAAAAAGAUUCCAGCGGGUGCUGAGGCUUCUAAUGUCUUAGUAGGAGAAGUGGACUUCCUUGAGAGACCCAUAAUAGCCUUUAUUCGUCUGUCUCCUGCUAUUCUUCUCACAGGGCUCACAGAAGUUCCUAUUCCAACCAGAUUUUUGUUUCUUAUGUUGGGACCAUCAGGCAAAGCACAGCAAUAUCAUGAAAUUGGUAGAUCAAUAGCUACCUUAAUGACAGAUGAGAUUUUCCACGAUGUUGCCUAUAAAGCAAAGGAUCGUACUGACCUGCUGGCAGGAAUAGAUGAAUUUUUAGAUCAAGUUACUGUACUCCCCCCGGGUGAAUGGGAUCCUUCAAUACGAAUUGAACCACCAAAAUGUGUCCCAUCUCAGGAAAAGCGGAAAUUCCCUCCCGUUUCAAAUUGUCCAACAGUUACCAGUGGAGCCACAAAUCACGAAGAACAUCAUACUGGGCCAGAACUCGAGCGUACUGGAAGGAUCUUUGGUGGCUUAAUCCGCGAUAUCAAAAGGAAGUGGCCGUUUUACCUGAGUGACUUUAAGGAUGCAAUUAGUUUGCAGUGCCUAGCUUCCAUUCUGUUCCUUUAUUGUGCUUGUAUGUCUCCUGUCAUCACUUUUGGCGGAUUGCUUGGGGAAGCAACAGAAAAUAGAAUAAGUGCAUUGGAAUCUCUCUUUGGAGCUUCAAUGACAGGAAUUGUCUAUUCUUUGUUUGCUGGACAGCCGCUGACCAUUUUGGGAAGUACAGGACCUGUGCUUGUGUUUGAAAAAAUAUUAUUCAAAUUCUGCAAAGAAUAUGACCUUUCGUAUCUGUCACUCCGUGCCAGCAUUGGACUGUGGACUGCAUUUCUGUGUAUUGCACUAGUUGCCACAGAUUCGAGUAGCCUGGUUUGCUACAUCACUCGCUUUACAGAAGAGGCCUUUGCAGCUCUGAUUUGCAUUAUAUUCAUUUAUGAAGCUUUGGAGAAGCUCUUUGACCUGGGAGAGAAGUAUCCAUUUAAUAUGAACACUAAUCUGGAGACACUUACCCAGUACUCAUGUGCCUGUGCUGAACCAUCUAAUCCUUCCAAUAGCACAUUGAAGUUUUGGCACCAAAAUAAUAUAUCUGCAGAUAAUGUUUCAUGGGGGAAUCUCACAGUUUCAGAAUGCCAGAAGUACAGUGGGAUGUUUGUUGGUCCAGCCUGUGGCCACCAUGGACCUUAUGUUCCUGAUGUCCUCUUCUGGUCAAUCAUUUUAUUCUUUUCAACAUUUUUUCUUUGUUCCUUCCUGAAGCAGUUCAAAACUAAACGUUACUUCCCAACAAAGGUGAGAGCCAUCAUCAGUGAUUUUGCUGUGUUUAUUACCAUUCUUACUAUGGCAUUGAUCGAUUUUCUUGUUGGCGUACCCUCACCAAAACUUACAGUGCCAGACCGGUUUGAGCCUACCCGAAAAGACAGAGGUUGGUUUAUAGAUCCACUUGGACCGAACCAGUGGUGGACAAUGCUUGCUGCUCUUGUUCCAGCUUUGCUUUGCACUAUCCUUAUCUUCAUGGAUCAACAGAUCACUGCUGUUAUCGUCAACAGAAAAGAACACAAGCUGAAGAAAGGUUGCGGUUAUCACCUUGAUUUGUUGAUGGUUGCUAUUAUGCUAGGAGUGUGCUCAAUUAUGGGCCUGCCUUGGUUCGUGGCUGCCACGGUCCUCUCCAUCAGCCACGUCAACAGCCUGAAGGUAGAAUCGGAGUGUUCUGCACCUGGAGAACAGCCUAAAUUCUUGGGUAUCCGAGAGCAGCGAGUUACAGGCUUACUGAUAUUUGUUCUAAUGGGGCUGUCUGUCUUCAUGACUUCUGUUCUCAAGUUUAUCCCAAUGCCAGUUCUGUAUGGUGUCUUUCUUUACAUGGGGGCUUCUUCCUUGAAUGGAAUUCAGCUGUUUGACCGUUUGAAAUUAUUUGGGAUGCCAGCGAAACACCAGCCUGACUUGAUCUACCUACGCUACGUCCCACUUUGGAAAGUGCACAUCUUCACUCUUAUUCAGCUUACCUGCCUUGUCCUCCUAUGGAUCAUUAAAGCUUCAGCUGCUGCAGUUGUCUUCCCUAUGAUGGUGCUUGCUCUUGUAUUUAUCCGUAAAUUGUUGGACUUCUGCUUUACGAAACGAGAACUUAGCUGGUUAGAUGACUUGAUGCCUGAAAGCAAAAAGAAGAAAUUGGAAGAUAUGCAGAAAAAGAAAAAAGAAACUGAAGAAGCACAAAGAAUGCUUGAAGUUGCCGAAAGUGGGACAGUGCAGCUUCCCUUGGAAGGCGGUAAUAUUCUGAAGAUACCUGUAAAAAGUAUUAAGUACAGCCCAGAUGAUCCUUCGGUCGUAAACAUAUCCAAUGAAAUGGCCAAUUCUGCUGUGUGGAAGGCUCUUGCUAUGAAUGCUGAAAAUGCAAAAGUUAUAAAACUUAAAGCGAGUCCUGAAAAUACAGAGGAUGUAAGAAUGAAUAUUGAAGAGGUGCCCAGGAUAAAUGUCCUUGAUGCUGAAACCUCUGUAUGAUCUUUAAUGCUGAAAUCUCCAUAUCUCCAUCAUCCAAGGCAGACUUGUCCUUGUGAAAGCAACUACUUGAGCCAUACAAAACCCUGGACCUUUUACAGGAAGUAAGAAUGUUUGGCUUCUCGGUUCGGUUUGGUUUCUCGGUCAGCACGAAACUCUUCCGAAGAAGACUAUUUCACCCUUAUACAAUUCAGUUAUAUUGAUUGCAAUGCCAGCUACUAUUUUAAUCUUCACAACCAUAAGCUCAGUUUUUAAUUUACAGUUUUGGCAUAAUACAAAAACAAGCAAUAGUCUCGCAAACAAGUUUAAUUUGCUUUCUACUAAUAAUGAUAUUCUAUUUUAAAAAUGGAAAGGAGUACGUAAUGAACAUAAGUAUAUCCUUUAUAUAGAAAUGUAUAAAUAUGCUGCUCCUUGACAUGUGUCACAAUCUGUUUUAAAUGAGGAAUAUUUAUAUUCAGACAAUGAACCAAAUCUAUAUGACUGUAUCUCAUCAUUUAUUGGUGGUCCUCGAGAGUUUUGUUGUGGGGUAACUGUGAAGUUGUCUACAGUAACAGGCUUGCAAAAGAGUAUGAUAGAACAGAUAUUUAACUUGGUAUUUUGUACACAAGGGGUGUACACCUCGUGACUACAUUGAUGUGAUACUGCUUUUCAAACUAGUCUGUUGCUAUCUUUAUUUACAAAAUUGUUUAUCAGUAUUGCAGUACUGAUUAGAGACUUAUGUGCAUCCAAACUGUUUACAUUUGACUUUUUAACAUGAUAAACUGUAGGCUUCAAUUCACAAUGCAGCUUGAUAUUUGUUUUAUUUAUUUUGUAUUUAGAUUGUCAAAUUUAUUCAGAAAUUGUUAGGUUAUACCGAAUAGAAAAAAAAUAUUUGGCUAAUUUUAUAAAGAUUUUUGUAGUUUUUUUUGUCUUUGUACUUUGUAAAGUAACCUCUUUCUAUGAGCAGUUCAGCAAUGAUAGUAUUAGAAUAGUAUCUCUAGACCAUCUCAGGAAAUUGUUAUCUUCCCAGCAUCCUACAUUACCAUGCUUUUACACAAGUUGUGAAGUUGUUUUGUCUUCCAGACUAGGUGAAGAUUUUUAAAAACAAAAACAUGACCCUAGCAAAAGUACUGGAGCAACUCAGCAGGUCAGGCAGCAUCUAUGCAGAGGAAUAAACAAUAUUCUGGUAAUUCCUCCACCAUCUCUCCUUCUCUCUUUAACUAAUCCCCAUUCUAGUUAUCCUCUCACCCCGUCUUUUUUCCUCACCUGCUCAUCAUCUCCCUCUGGAUCCCUCCCUCCUCCUUCCCUUUCUCCCAUUGCCCACUAUCCUCUCAUAUUAGCUUCCUUUUGUUUCAUCAAUUACCCACCAGCUUCUCAUUUUAUCCACUUUGCCCCUCACUUGGUCUCACCUAUCACCUGCCAGCUUGUACUCCUUCCCUUCCCCUCACCUUCUUAUUCUGGCAACAUCCUGCUUCCUUACCAGGUCUUGGGCUGCAACAUCGACUGUUUAUUGCUCUCCAUAGUUGCUGCCUGACCUGCUAAAUUCCUCUAGCAAUUUGUGUGUGUUGCUCUGGAUUUCCAGCAUCUGCAGAAUCUCCUGUGUUUGUAAAUAACUAUCCAUGUUACUUUUAAGUAGAAGCAGGUUCAUUUAUCUUGCGUGUGACAGACAAUGCCAGUGCAAGAAAAAGAAUUGCACUUAGCCAUUACAAGAUGGAAAAAAAAGUAAUGUUGUGAAAAAUUUGGUUUGUGUCAUUAAAUCCACCAUAUAGUUCAAUGUGUGACAAAUUCUGCAGAUAAAUUCAGAAGUGAACUUGUUUUCUGCUUCUGUGAUAUUAAGUGUAUCACUUCUAAUUACUGAAAUUGAAUGAUUAAGUCUACAUAACAGGAUCUAAGUUAUAAAAAAAGUUCUUGUGUGUCAGUGAUAAACUGAAGGAGUUUUCUAUUUAAUUUUAAAGGUUACUCAAAAAAUAAAUUAAUAUUGUGUUGAUACUGUUAACUUUAAGAUGAUAAACACAGUAUGAAAUUUUAACGAGUUGAGAAACUGGUUUCUAGUAAAGACAGAUUAUUUUCCAUUUUUGUUUUAAAUUCACUGUUGAUGGUAAUUUUAUGUCUUCCUGUAUUCUGCACAUUUAAUCACAGAACAAAAUCACUAGUAUUCAUCAAUUUUCAUAAAAUUGUCUAAUUUCAGAUAAUUAUGAUUUAAGGUUUUUAUUACUAUCUGAAGGUAUGGUAGUGACCAUUAUUUUUGUAAAGAUUCCCAAAGCAAUGUAAAAAAAAGUUAAAGUAGUCCAUUGUCGUAGUUCAAAUGAUGAUAUAUGUGCACUUCCCAGGCAUUGUUUCCUAGUUAAGGAUAGUAUCCAACUGUCAGCUAUUAAAUAUUAGAGGAAAUUAUUUUUUGUAAUGUCAUAUCUGUUAAUAAAAGCAAUAAAGACUUAUUGCAUUGAUGAAUGUGAUUUAUAAACCUUUGUUUAUGAAGAAAAUAACUGAAGGAUUGUGUCAUUUUGUAACAUUGACUUAAUAGAAACAUGGAAUUUGAGUUCCUCUUUUUUUGGCUAUGUAUACUUCCAGCAUGCCAGGGAGCAUU